AUGCCGCCGGCGCUGCUCAACCUCGACCUGCACAUCAGGGACAUUGGACAGUUCCUGGAAUCUGCCGAUUUGACCGACGCCAUCCUGGUAGCCCACGCCUACGCCGGCAUGGUGAUAACCGGCGUUGCUGAACGCUACCCACAACGGAUUGCCGCGCUGGUUUAUGUCAAUGGCGUGGUGCCCGCCGACGGCGAAGCCAUGGUAGACCAGUUGCAAACCGUUCGCGGUCCGGAAUUCGUGGCCCGCAUCCGCAAUUACAUUGAAAGUGGCGAACCAUUCAUGGCACCUCCAACCACGGCGGAAGAGAUAGCCGAUCGUUGGUCCAUCACCGACCCGGCCGACCAGGCAUUUAUGCUACCCCGAUUAUCGCCUCAGCCAACACUCACGUUCUCGCAAGCGGUGCGCACGGGCAAUCCUGACGCAAACAACCUGCGUCGCGAGUUCAUCCUGUGCAGCGAAUCCGGGUUCGAAGCAGUGGCUGAGCAGGCCACCGCCUCCGGUUGGCCGGUGCACCGCAUCGACACGGGGCAUGACCCCAUGGUUACCACGCCGCAGGAGUUGUCGACGAUUCUCCUGGACAUCGCCGGUCGGUGA